AUGGGAGACGCACCUUUGCCAGCCGAGCAUGUGCUCAUCGUCUUUUAUAUGCAUAUGCCCGAACCGCUGCAAGAGGAAUUCCGCCGCAAGUUUGCCGGUGCCAGGGUCACUAUUCACAAAUCAGAGCCAGGUAAACCUGUGCCGCCAGAGCUGUACCAGAGUGCCACCGUCCUGGUCACCUUCACGGAUCUGCCAGAUCCCAAGGAUGCGACGAACCUGAAAUUCAUUCAUUCAUUCUCCGCUGGCCUGGACCAUCUCAUGCAGCACCCCAUUCUACGGGAGACUGACAUUCCCAUUACCACAAGCUCUGGUAUCCACGGUCCACCUAUUGCGGAAUGGACCGUGAUGAAUUGGCUGGUCUCCUCCCGGCAGUAUGUCAAGACAUAUGAGGCUCAGAAAGCGCAUGUAUGGGCAGAUAAAUCCCAGUUUAUGCAUGGCCUGCAUGACCAGGUCGGCAAGAAAGUUGGCAUUCUUGGAUAUGGCUCUAUCGGCAGACAGAUUGCCCGUGUCUCCAUCGCUCUGGGUAUGACUGUGUACGCGCACACUGCCUCCCCGAGAACAACAGAGGAAUCUCGGCGCGACACUCACUACAUCGUCCCCGGAACCGGCGACCCAGAUGGCUCGAUCCCGGUCUCAUGGCACCACGGCACAGACCGUGAAUCCAUCCGGUCUUUCCUAGCCCUUGGACUGGACCAUCUUGUCAUUUCUCUUCCGUUGACUCCGGAAACGACUUAUCUCCUUGGUCCAGAGGAGUUUGCUAUUCUUUCUGACAACUGCCACCACCAUGCUACCAAGCCAUAUGUGACCAACAUAUCACGUGGUAAGGUCAUCGACCAGAAGGCUUUGAUUGAGGCCUUGAAGUCUGGCGUGCUUGGCGGUGCAGCUCUCGAUGUUACUGAUCCCGAACCUCUGCCCAAGGAUAAUCCCCUUUGGGAUGCGCCGAAUGUGCAGAUCAGUCCUCAUAUGAGUAGUUUGGGUAACGAAUACUGGCCCCGUUCUAUUGAUAUUGCAGUGUUGAAUUUGGGAAGGCUGCAGAGGGGUGAGCCUUUGGUUAAUGCAUACAACCGGCGCAGAGGAUAUUAG